AUGGAGGCGAAGACCGAGAAACUACUGACAAAGGUUGCGGAGUCUUUCAAGGAACUUGCUAAAUGCGUGGAUUCUCCGACGCCGCGUCUCGAGGUUGGGCAGUUCGCUUCCGCUAGCCGCCUUGUUGCCUCUAUCAUAGGCCACUUAGGAAUGGCAUUCAAGUUCGCCUCCAUCGAAUUUUCGGCCAAGAUUGAUGCACUAAUGGAGGCAUCGAAGUCAAUCGAUACUCUUGAGGCAUUAAUUGAUCAUGAUAUUGAACAGAACUGUGCAAAAGUCUCAAAUAGUAAUUCGAGAGACCUUGUGAGAGUGAAGCGUUCAAUCGACAUGCUCAGGGUAAUAUAUGAGCAAAUUCUGAUCCAGAGGUAA